GCGCAGCCAACGCUCGAGCACACGGCGAGUUGACUCCAACCUUAAAGCGUCCCGUCUUGAAAACUACCCCGCGCUGGGUCGAAGGAACAAACUUCACACAAACUUUCAUUCUCUCCAGACGGAAUCACAGUGCGAGUGGAUAUCUUCCGGCGAAAACAUCGGUCGAAGCCGUUUUAAUACAAGUUGUGUGUGUUUUUAACGUGUUAACGCGAGGCUCCCCGGCAACUGGCUUUCUUUUUCACGCAAAAGUUUGACCUCGCGAGACUGCCGACAGAAGUCUUUCAUAAAACAGAAUUUCAUAUUUUCAACGUUUUGGGAUUUUAAACCAAGUUUUAACCAGAAACGGAGGGUGAAAACGACCGUGUGUGAACAAGUCCACGGAGUCGCUAAAACUUUAUCUGUUUUUAAAGUAAAAUCUGCGAGACGGCGCAUCUCCCUGUGGAGCUCCGACGCGCUGCUCAGACGCAUUGUAACCGGGGCGAAAGUCUGGUUUGUGAGCGGUUGUGUGUACUUUUAAAAGCUUUUGGCAGUCGGGCACAACGAUGAAGGCGGUUGUUGCGAUUGCACUUUAUGUGUCCGUGGUGAUUUUUGCCUCUGCCAGCCCGAGUGAACAGAAGUCAAAGAACUGCAAUGAGGUCCGGACGGCGUACAGCUCGAAGGGCUUCAACAGCAACGACGUCCCCAACAAAGGAGUGUAUGAAGCCCAUCUGAAGGUGUGCCCUCAAGGCUUCUCGUGCUGCACUCUGGAGAUGGAGGAGAAGUUGAGUCAGCAGAGCCGCUCGGAUCUGAAGGCCCCAGUUUCCCAACUGAGCACCAGCCUGCAGAACACCUUCACACAGAGACACGAACAUUUUGACAAGUUCUUCAAAGAGUUGCUCAACAAUGCUGAGAAAUCACUGCACGACAUGUUUGUCCUCACCUACGGGAUGAUGUACAUGAAGAACGCGGAACUCUUUAAACACUUUUUCCGUGACUUGCGGCUCUACUACAUAUCAGGAAGCUCUGCCGUGCAUCUUGACAACAUGCUGUCAGACUUCUGGUCCGAGCUACUUGAGCGGAUGUUCCGGCUUCUCAAUGCACAGCAUGAGUUCAGCGAUGCAUACAUGGAGUGCGUAAGCCGGCAUACAGAGGAGCUAAUGCCAUUCGGUGAUGUGCCACGCAAGCUGAAACUGCAGCUGAGCAGAUCCUUCAUCGCUGCCCGCACCUUCACUCUCGGCCUGGCGCUCAUACCUGAGGUGGUCAGCAAAGUGUCCACGGUGAGUGCCUCUCCAAGCUGCGUGCGUGCUGCUAUGAAGAUGCUGUAUUGCCCAUACUGUACAGGUCAAGUGGCCCUGAAGCCAUGUAAAAACUACUGCCUCAAUGUGAUGCGUGGCUGCCUGGCUAACCAAGCUGACCUUGACACUGAGUGGAACAACUUCCUGGAUGCUAUGCUGAGUCUGGUUGAUAGACUGGAGGGGCCGUUUAACUUCGAGUCAGUAAUAGAUCCCAUAGAUGUAAAGAUCUCCGAGGCCAUCAUGAAUAUGCAGGAGAGCAGCAUGCAGAUCUCACAGAAGGUAUUCCAGGGUUGUGGCCAGCCAAGGAUAGCAUCACGUUCCCGGCGUUCUACUAAAGACUCUGGAUUCCCUGGUCGCUUCCGACCAUACAGCCCAGAUGCCAGACCCACCACUGCAGCUGGCACCAACAUGGAUAGACUUGUGGCAGAUGUAAAGAAGAAGCUCAAGCAUGCCAAGAAGUUUUGGUCUACUUUACCAGAGACGGUCUGUGUUGGAGACAGGGUCACACAGGGUGACGAGUGCUGGAACGGCACAGCCAAGAGCAGGUACGAGUCUGUGGUCUUGGGCAAUGGCUUAGCCAAUCAGGUCUCUAAUCCUCAUGUUGAAGUGGACAUCACCAAGCCGGACGUGGUGAUUCGCAGACAGAUUGCUGUGCUAAAAGAAAUGACCACAUGGCUGAAAGCAGCUCAUAAUGGAAACGACAUCACGUAUGAAAACGAGGAUGGCAGCGGAGAGGGUAGCGGCAGUGGCUGUGACUCAUCCUCCUGCGAUAGUGACAAGGAUAUGUAUUUCUCCACACCAACGCCCGUCAAUCCCGACAUCAGGGUGAAAAAAAUAGAGUCCUCCAGUGGUGUGCGGCUGGCACCGUACAGCCUGGUGCUGACCCUGGCAGGUGUUGCUCUGACCCUUCUGACCUCCCACACCAGAUAAGAGUGCUUCUGAGGAAAAGGACGAGCAUAAGCGUGGAGAAGAAACUGUCAGUGGGCUUUAAAAAACAAAAACAAAAAAAAAACAUACAAACAAAAGAAAGAGACCACCUUUAAGACUAUGGUCUGUUUGCCAUCUAGGAAAGACUCCCAAGUUAUUAAUACUCAAAUAACUUCACCCUAAUAUUUUUUUUUUUCUUUUAAUACAAAUGGACUCUUAUGUACAUGGGAUUCUGAAAUGGAAACACGUCCCUUUCCUACCAUUUUCACCUGGACCUUGCUUCACAAAGUUAUCAGUGUUUACAGUACCACAUGGAUAUAUGUAUAUUCUUUUUUUUCCCCUCAAAAAGAGCUUUAAAGGCUGAACUAUGCUCUAUAUUUAGGUGUUUGUAAAAGUGUGAAAGUUAGCGUGAAUGACUUAUUGUUUAAGAGAGCCUUUCCUAAGAUAGCUUAUUAAUGAAUUCCUAUACCAUGUUUGGACUGAGUAAAACGAAAAUGUAGCAGUACACAAUCACCGGAGUUAAACACCUUUUAAGUGCCAUACAAUCUGAUUGCCAAAUUGUAUGGCAUAGAUUUUGGCAAGCCUUAAGAAGAAAGUCCCCGUAUAAAGCUUUUCUGUUUGUCAUGGUAAAAAAAGUGGGCCAAGCCCCAGAAGAUGGUACAGAGAAAAAAUAAAUGGCUAGCAUGGGCAGAUUUGAGGGCUUUUUUUAAAAAAGAUUCUUCGAUUAGGGAGAUCUUGUCCUAUAAAUUGUAUGGAGUGAUUUUAGAAAAUGGAGCUGAAAACUUUGGUAAGUUGCCCAAGUUUUCAGCUGAUCUGAGAGCUGAUUCGUUCAUAAAAGGCCAGCAUAUACAAGGUGACCUGAUAACAGCGCCUUUUAAGUGAGGAUUCUGCUCAGACAUAAUCAUUCAACUUAAUUCAUUUAGCUACAGCACGCACACUGCGAUUGAAACAACCUGAGUGCGCGCUGGCUCUUCUGUGCACGGGUGCGCUUCACAAGGAAGGAAGUCGCACACACCUGCACAAAGUGUACAUGUGAAUUAGUUAGAACAGAUUUUAAGACAUGGAAGUAUAAUAAUGAAAAUAACACAGGGUUUUAUUUGAUUGUUUUUAAAUUUUGCUAGAAAUGUAUUCUAAGGUGUAAAUCUAUAUAUUGGGUACGACAGCAAAUUUGCCUUGUCCAGAAUGACUGAUGGUGCUGACAUGAGUGAGAUGGAGUGGUUUCUGUAUGUGUGUAAAUGUUUUCGUUCUUUUCAUUUAUUUCUCACUGGUUUAAUGUAGACCUAUGAGAUUACCCUAUUUAAAUCCAUUCUUUCCAUCUGAUAACCAUUUCUGCAUUACGUUCGAGGCUUAUUUUCUCCUAACCCGUAACCUUGGUACGUUAUUUUUAAUGUGUCUUUACAUUGGGAGAAAAAGGCAUCUCUGACAACAGUUUUUGUAUUGUGUGUUUCGCAGCUUGUAGACUGCUCUACAGGCUUAAAUACUGGUAGGUUUCUUUUUGUUGACUGACAAGUACAGUGUUGCGUUAAAAAACGGCAAAGGUCCUAAUGUUACACCUUCUAAAAUUAACCCAUCUGUCUCUCAGCAAACUGCUCCCUCCUUGCUCUUGUACAGUAAGUUAUUUAACUGCAUGUCUAAGUUCUUUUACAACCAUGACAUAAUGUCCAUAAAGUGCAGUAUUGGAUAAAAAUAUAUAUUUAUAUCUGUAGAUGGUUGCAUUUUAACAGUUUCAUAAUUGAUCUGAAUUUGUAUUGGCUUCAAAUUUUAUGUAAUGUAAAGCUUUUUGUUUAUAAACCAUUGUCAUUCCUUUUUUCCCCUCCACUAGUUAAGUAAGGAUGAUAUAAAAGGUCUACAGAGUGAAUGAUGGUGUUGCCCAUAAACUCAUGAGUGUCUUAGUGUCAUAUGCACUUUUUAAAUUGCUAUUGAAAAAGCCCAAUACUUGGAGUGCUAAUAAGAAUCUCGUCAGUGUCUGUUGAUUGGAGGCCAGUUCAGCACUCAGAGAACCCAGUACAGUGGUCGAGCAUUUUUAAUGGUCUUUUAAGUCCAUUCACAUUUAUAUGCAGGAAAAUAACCCAUUAGUAACGUAUCCGUUGUUGUGCGUGAAGAGAAUAAAUGGAGAGCAUGUUAACUUGUCUCCAUAACAAACCUCCCUUCUGUUGCGAACAAAAACGGAACAGCCGUUUGAGGUGAGACGAAGGGUUAGACUGGGAAUACUGCUUUUUCUUUUUUGAUCCAACAGUCUUAAGCAGGAAUACUGAACUACAGAAUAAAGAUUGUGUAGUCGUUGGCCCCGAACAAUGAAACGGCGUCAUCUUAGAAAAGGAGUUACGAGAGACUCGAGUUACUGAGAGUAAAUGAUGUAAAUAUGGAGCUGUUGGUUUAGAGAGGUUGGUCUCUGAGAGGUUAUAACAGUACAAGUCUUACUCUUUCAGAGGAUAGACUUAACAUGGGGAGGGGGGAACAUGUUAAAAAAAUGUAAAAACAAAAAAAAAAAAAAAGAUGUAUUAAACACAUCGAAGUCUUGCCAAAAUAAAGACUGCAGAUGUUUCAA